UCAAUAUCAUGUCAAAUAGAAUUGGCCUCCAAAACUCCCCCAAAUUCCUCCCAUUUUCCCAUCCCCAACCCCUCUUUCUCUUUGUUACCAGCCUCCUCCUUCUCCCUUUCUCCCGUUCAUCUCUCCAUUGGUAGUGUUUGAUGCAAUCGAUCUCCAAAGGUUUGAUCUUUUUGGCUUUUUGUUGUUUGGGCUGUGGAGUGGGGUGCUGGAGAGAAGAAGAGGUUUUUUUUAAGAGUUUCUUGGGGAGAUGAGAAAGAGGGGAACCUGUUGAUCUUUUGGAUUGCUGAAUCUUCUCGUGUUUCUGGUGUUUUUCAGGACAAUACCAGAAGCAAUCGUAGUUGCCUUAAUGCAAGGACAAAGGGCUUCUGUUGAAUCCUUCCUGGAAGCAAUUGAAUUUGACCAUGGGGCUAGCUCAAGUAAUACUGCCAUGGAUCAGCAAAGUUACUGGAAUAAUAUGCCUAAUCCAGUAGAGGCGCCAAACAUGCCAGAGUAUAUCUUGCCUCCAAGUGUUGCAAAUUCAUCGUCUAGAAAUUUGGCUUCUCAAGGUCCUACCAACCUGAGCAUUUGGCACUCUGGAGAGCCUAGUUCUAGUGGACACUCACUUAACCAUGGCAGUCAUGAUGGAGCAAAGGCGGAACAUGUAUGGCCAUCUUCUCUGACCAUUAAUGCUGUAGGGGGGCCAAGGGUAGACACAAGACAAUUUGAAGCUGCAAGCACACUAUCCUUGGAGAGGGUGAAUAUAACCCUUAACAACAACCAUAUGGUUGAAGCACAAUUAUUUCCAGAGAAUUUGAAUCAUAGAAAUCCCCCUCAGAGUCUGGCCCAAAAUGCUGGAUGUGUUCAUAUUUUUGGUCCUGCUCCAGAAUCAGAGGCGCACACUUAUCCGGAUAAUCGAAGUAUGUCCCCAUUAGCUCCUUUCCCAUCUUCAAGUGGUUCAUCAAAUCCCUGUGGAAGUUCUUCGGGUUGUGCUGGAUUUGCAUUAGAAGAAGGUGAUGGUAGAUCAGGUGUGUCAUUGGAUGGUCGGCGGUUGUCCUGUAAGAGGAAAAACAUUGAAGGAAUUCCUGGCCAGUCUUCUGCAAGUGGCAAUGCAAGUUGUUUUCCCCAGAAUGAGAACAGUUCUGUGCAUCAUGUUUCUUCUUCUUCUCAUAGUGGAGCUAUUAGCAUAAGUAAUAUAUCUAGCUCAUCUGUUGACAUAGCUAAUAUUAAUUCAUCUGAAGAACAGUUAACUGAAAGAUUUGGUACUCUUACAAGAGGUACUGCUUCCGAAAGCUAUCCUACCUUAACUGUGGCAGGAAAUGCUGAGAGCUCACAAAGAAAUUUUCGACUGAGAAUAAACCCCACACGUCAGCCUGAUACCUCACCACCUAAUAUAUGGGCUCCUAAUAAUACCUCUAGGAUUUCUAAUGUUUGGUCCUACCAUCAGUCGUCAUCCCAACCCCCUCCAUUUAAUCAUUCACUAGAUUCCAGGCCAGUGUUUGGUGGUUCAAGCUCACAAAUUCAGCAUCGGGCUCCAGCAUUUCCUCCGUUACCACCAAAUCCACCUGCUGCCCCAUGGAGUGGAACAUCCAGUUUGAGAGCAGGCAACUUUCCCAAGUUCAGGGAAUUCAAUGAUAAUAUGAGGCAUAUGCCUCAAGACCCAACACACUGGAGUUUAGCAAAUACAAGUUCAAGCAUGCCUGGAAAUGCUGUGCCUACUGCUAGGGGUGGUUCUGAUUCCGAGGCUCUUACACCAACUGCGCCAACUUGGGUUCCCAACCGUAACUCCCCUGCUCAACAGCGCUUAUCAGAGGUAGCGCUAAUGCUUCUGGGCAAUCUUCUGGUCAUUCAGUCGCCUCACAAGAAGUUAGUCAUCAUUCUGGGGCUGGUUUUCGUGCUAAUCGGCUAUCAUUGUUGCGGUCAGCAAUUCAAAUGGAUAGACAAAAUGAUGGUGUUCUGGGUGUUCCCAUUGUCAAUGCAAAGUCUGGCAGCAAUGAGAGAAGGGAGAAACAGAAUGAUGUCAGAGAUUCGUAAUGCGUUAGAUCUCAUGCGCAGAGGGGAGAAUUUGCGAUUUGAUGAUGUUUUUCUUCUAGACCAUCCAGCAUUCUUUGGUGGAGCCGACCUGCAUGACAGGCAUAGAGACAUGCGACUUGAUGUGGAUAAUAUGUCGUAUGAGGAGUUAUUGGCAUUGGAAGAACGGAUAGGAAAUGUAAGCACUGGACUUGGCGAAGAGAAGAUCAUGAAGCACCUGAAGACAAGACUCUAUUUGCCGGUCACCCUUGAAUCGCCUAGUGAAGUAGAACCAUGCUGUAUUUGUCAGGAGGAGUACGUUGACGGGGAAGAUCUUGGGACUCUGGAUUGUGGACAUGAUUUCCACACUGGUUGCAUCAAGCAAUGGCUUAUGUGCAAGAACUUGUGUCCUAUUUGCAAAACAAACGGUCUAGUUACAUGAAGAGAAGGUGAUAUUCGGCUUCUCACUCAUCUCAAAUCUGAUGAGGGUGGCCAUUCAAGGGCAACUUCUUUGCACUUAUUAGUUUAUUUAUUAAAUCAAUGACUCAAGAAUAAUAUUUUCUUGACCUAUUGCUAUUUUUUUCCCCAUUUCAAGUUACUAGCA